AGUUUACCAACAAGCCGCCCUCACUCCUCUCUCCAUCACCCUGGUGCUGACAUCUAAUUUCCUGGCCCUGCCGACCAAGCUGAAGCAGCACCCGCAAGACAUCAGCACUUAUAGCCCAUCAUGUCCGGAAGUGCGGGCUAUGACCGACACAUUACCAUCUUCUCCGACCAAGGCCGGUUAUAUCAAGUUGAAUAUGCCUUCAAGGCCAUCACGGCAGCGAACAUCACGUCCGUAGGAGUCAAGGGCAAGAGCUGUGCUGUGGUCAUCUCACAGAAGAAAGUUCCAGACAAACUCAUCGACCCCUCCUCCGUGUCGUACAUCUACAAACUCUCACCGUCGGUUGGAUGUGUCAUGACAGGGUCGAUUGCAGAUGCCCGAGCAUCGGUCAAUCGGGCACGAGGUGAAGCUGCUGAGUUCAGAUACAAGUUUGGAUACGAGAUGCCCUGCGACGCGUUGGCGAAGCGGAUAGCCAACAUCAGCCAGGUCUACACACAGCGCGCGUACAUGCGUCCCCUCGGUGUCGCGACGACGCUCAUCUCAGUGGACUCGGAACUCGGCCCCCAACUCUUCAAGUGCGAUCCGGCUGGCUACUACGUGGGCUACAAGGCGACAGCGUCUGGCCCCAAGACGCAGGAGGCUCUGAACUUCCUUGAGAAGAAGCUGAAGAACAAGGAUUACGCCGAGGGCGAUUGGGAGGAGGUGGUGGAGCUCGGAAUUGCGACGCUCAGCACCGUCCUGAGCGUUGAUUUCAAGAAGGGCGAAUUGGAGGUCGGCAUCGUGGGCGGACCGCGGGCGGACGGCAAGGAAGGCACCGAGACCGAAUUCCGGGCCCUGACAGAGGACGAGAUUGACGAACGGCUGCAAGCCAUUGCCGACAAGGACUGAGCGAGGUGCGCUGAGAUGGGGACGGCGAGGCUGGCAUGCAGGGUUGUAGUGGAGGACCGUUUGGCCGGCUCCGGGGGCGUCUGGUGCGGCGUCUGGUGCAGCGUCUCCAGCUGU